AUGGAUACAGGCCAGCCCCUAGCAGGAGCGGAAAAUGACGAGGCAGCUUCUGACAACCAAGACGGGCAAGAUGAUGGGGACCACGUUAAGCUGCUAGCACUACUGUUCCUGAAAUGGAAAGAACCAGGGUUGCAGUGGUUGUCCGAAUUGUUCCCAGUGACCGUGUCACUGGGAACAAACAAAAACGGAAAAGCGGACACUUUUCGAUAUGUUCCUGUAUGCAAAAUGCUCAAAUGUAUACUUGAAAACCCAAAUGUAUGGAGCGACUUCCACAGUCACCAUGUAGAGGACGGUUACCUGUCCAGCGUCUUUGACGGCACCGCCUACCAUGACCACGCAUAUUUUCAGGGUGAUCCCAAAAAUAUCUGCAUCCAGCUAUAUAGUGAUGAAUUUGAAGUUUGUAACCCUCUGGGAAGUAAGAGGGGCAAACAUAAACUGACAGCAGUUUAUUUUUCCAUUCUGAACUUGCCCCAGAUGCUGAGAUCACGUCUGUCAGGGAUUCACCUCGUGCUCUUGGUGAAAGACAAGCUUGUAGCGCCGUACGGACUGCAGAAGAUAUUUGAGCGCUAUCUCGAAGACAUCUUGCAGCUUGAGAAAGAUGGUGUAGUUGGGAAUGGAGAAGUGCUCCGUGGCUCUGUGCUAGUAAUGACAGGGGACAACCUCUCGAGUCACAGGCUGGGGGGAUUUAAAUGCAGCUUCAGCAAUGGCCGAAUUUGUCGAUUUUGUAUGGCUUUCCGCAAGGAAAUUAACUACAAGCAUCUCGAACAAGAUUUUGUGCAGCGGACCCCUACGGGACACAGGCAUCAUAUCAAUAUGUUAAGGUCUGGGGUACAUACUAAUUCACUCUACGGGGUGCGAGAGCCUUGUUGCCUGACAUUCUCUGGCUUCGAGCCGUCGGAGCACUUCCCACCCGACGUGAUGCACGACAUUCAUGAGGGAGUCAUUCCAUUCGUAAUGAGACAUGUCACUUUCCAUCUGAUCUCUCAUGGCUUUUUUACCCUCGGUACACUUAACACACGCAUUUUGAACUUCAACUAUGCUCCUUCUGAUGUCAAGAACAAGCCAGAAGAAUUGUCGAAUGAGUACUUGAAAGGGAAGUCAAACAUUAGAGGGAGCGCGUCACAGAUUUUUUGCUUCUUUAGACAUUUUUCUUUGUAUGUCGGAGAGUGUGUGCCAUCUGGAAAUGAGGCCUGGCAACUGUAUCUCUUGCUGAGAAAAGUAGUCAAUAUCAUCAUGAGCCGCAGAAUUCCUGUAACCCAAGUGCCAUACCUUCAGCGGCUCAUUCAUUUUUUGUGCCUUGAUUUUCAAGCACUCUUCCCAACUACUUUUGUACCAUGGAAGUUGCACUACUUGACUCACUACCCGUCUUGCAUCUUGAAGUACGGUCCACUUGUCAACCUGUGGGCAAUGCGCUUCGAGUCCAAACACCAAUAUUUCAAGGAUGUUGCUCGUAAGCUGCACAACUUCAAGAACAUUGCCCUCACGUUGGCAGUAAGGCACCAGUAUUUGGAAAUGUACCUAACCACAGAAGUGACCAGUGAGCAUAUUGUCACUACAGGCUGCAGGUCCAUCUUGUUCGAACACCUGCCAGAGAUGCUCAGACUGCACAUUGUAGAACAUGGGCUCGCAAGGAACAAUGCCGUUGCAUUGAACUCGGUUACCAUUGAUGGUUUUGCUUAUUCAGAAGGCUGUGCUCUUGUCCAAACUGUCACAGAGGAUGAUCACCCAGAGUUUGUGCAAGUAUGCGAGCUCUUCUGCGUGAACAAAAAAAUCUUGGUCCUGGCGCAAGUGCUUGAGACGAUUGAGUUCAAUGACCACUUUCAUGUGUAUGUUGUGCGUGUCACCACGGAAUGGGUUGUCCUAAGCAACCUCCAUGAUUUUCCGACCGAGCCGCUGUUUGUGAAAAAGAAGGCGAACAAGCUUGUGAUCAACGCACGUCACAGUUUGUUUUGA